AUGAUGAUUACUCACUUAGUCAAAUUUGAGGGUAAAAUCAUCGAAACUACUGUGACAAAUAAGGCCAAUGUUGCUGAUGAUUGGAUACAGAGUAUCAACAGGUUGUUGAAGCAACAUCAAGGUCAUAAAAUCAUUGGAAUGGGCUGCAAAUUCAUCCAUCAUCCAAUUCUGUCUAUGAGCAAUAAAACUCCACUCUUGCAGCUAUGCUUCCAAACAAAAGCCCUCAUUCUUCAACUCCUACACAUUGAUUCCAUUCCUCUAUCCAUGAGGGAUUUCCUCAGCGACUCUAACACUACGUUUGUUGGGAUUGACAUUCGGAACAACUCAAGGAAACUUCUAGAAGAGUAUGCAGUCCGCGUGAGCCAUAUGGUGGACAUUCAUUUUCUUGCUGAGAAAUGGUUUCCUGUGAGAGCUAUAGAGGUAGGCCUAGCAUGA